AUGUUUCCUUGUACUUCAAAAGCAAUAAAGAUUCAAACAGUGGCAGGAGUUGCGACAGUUGCUGAUAUGAUGUAUCUGGGAACAUUGCUAGUGAUAGUAUCGAUGCUGGUGCCUUGGACGAUCGCCGAAUUGAAUCCGGCAGGUGACGACAGCAGUGAUGACGAUCGCAGCAAGACAUCUCUCGGUGACGGUGUCGAAUUCCCGGCUUUUCUUCCUUUUGCUCCUCCUCUCGAACAUACUACUUCUCCGGAUGCUCCUCCUUCAGUUCCAUAA